AUGGCGAAAUCCAGCGCCGACGAUGUUGAACUCCGGCGAGCUUGCAUCUCUGCAAUUGAAGAUCCUAAGCAGAAAAUCAUCUUAUCACUCCGUGUCGCCAAGAGUCACGGGAUCUUGGGAAAAUCUUCCAAGCUUGGUCGUCAAAUGGCCAAGCCUAGGGUUCUUGCUCUCUCCACAUUAACAAAGGGUCAGACAACUACGGCUUUUCUUCGAGUUUUGAAGUAUUCUACGGGAGGAGUUCUUGAACCUGCAAAACUAUACAAGCUAAAGCAUCUCUCAAAAGUAGAAGUUUUGACAAAUGAUCCUAGUGGAUGUACAUUUACAUUGGGAUUUGAUAACCUUAGAAGCCAGAGUGUGGCUCCUCCGCAAUGGACAAUGCGCAAUAUUGAUGACAGGAAUCGUCUCCUUCUUUGCAUCUUGACCAUGUGUAAAGAUGUUUUGGGUCGCCUUCCUAAAGUUGUUGGAAUAGAUGUUGUGGAGAUGGCUCUCUGGGCUAAGGAAAAUAGAGCCCCUGUAUCUACUCAGACUAAUGUGCAAGAUGGUGGCCCUGUUGCUUCCAUUAUGACUGAGAGAGAGUUGAAAGUUAAUGUUGAAAAAGACCUUGUUUCCCAGGCAGAGGAGGAGGAUAUGGAGGACAUGGAGGCUCUUUUGGGAACUUAUGUGAUGGGUGUCGGUGAAGCAGAAGAAUUUUCUGAAAGACUUAAGAGAGAGCUCCAGGCUUUGGAAGCAGCAAAUGUGCACGCCAUUUUAGAAAGCGAGCCAUUGAUAAAUGAGGUGUUGUAUGGGCUUGAAGCAGCAACAAAUUGUGUAGAAGAUAUGGAUGAAUGGUUAGGCACAUUCAAUGUAAAACUCCGGCACAUGAGAGAGGAUAUUGCAUCAAUAGAAACCCGUAAUAACAGCUUGCAAAUGCAGUCAGUAAAUAACAAAUCUCUCAUUGAGGAGCUUGAUACGCUUCUUGAGCGGUUGCGUGUCCCUUCUGAGUAUGCAGCGUGUUUGACAGGAGGUUCAUUUGAUGAAGAUCGGAUGCUGCAAAAUGUAGAGGCAUGUGAAUGGCUGACUAGUGCCUUGCGUGGUCUUGAAGUGCCCAAUAUUGACCCUACUUAUGCAAACAUGAAAGCUGUUAAAGAGAAGCGUGCAGAACUUGAAAAAUUAAAAUCUACUUUUGUCAGGAGAGCUUCUGAAUUCUUGAGAAAUUACUUUGCUAGUUUGGUGGACUUCAUGAUAAGUGAUAAAAGCUACUUUUCUCAGCGGGGACAGUUGAAGAGGCCUGAUCAUGCUGACCUGCGGUACAAGUGCAGAACAUAUGCUCGUCUUCUUCAACAUUUGAAGAGUCUUGACAAGAAUUGCUUGGGUCCACUUAGAAAAGCUUAUUGCAGUUCUCUAAACUUGCUUCUUCGCAGGGAGGCUCGGGAAUUUGCAAAUGAACUCCGUGCUAGUACAAAAGCAUCUAGAAAUCCAACUGUUUGGCUUGAAGGUUCAACUGGUUCUGGUCAGAAUGUAAAUGCCACUGAUACUUCUACAGUCUCUGAUGCAUAUGCAAAAAUGCUCACAAUCUUUAUCCCACUUCUGGUGGAUGAGAGUUCGUUUUUCGCACACUUCAUGUGCUUUGAAGUUCCCACACUUGUUCCUCCUGGAGGUGUUGUUAACGGAAAUAAAGCUGGUUAUGACGAUGAUGAUGAUUUGGGAAUUAUGGACAUUGAUGAGAAUGACAGUAAAUCUGGAAAAAAUUCCGCGGAGCUUGCAGCUUUAAAUGAAUCACUUCAGGAUUUACUGGAUGGAAUUCAAGAAGACUUUUAUGCUGUUGUGGAUUGGGCAUACAAGAUUGAUCCUUUACGCUGCAUAUCAAUGCAUGGAAUAACAGAACGUUAUCUUUCUGGUCAGAAAGCUGAUGCAGCAGGAUUCGUACGUCUUUUGCUUGGUGACCUAGAGUCUCGGAUAUCUAUGCAGUUCAGCCGUUUUGUUGAUGAAGCUUGCCAUCAAAUUGAAAGAAAUGAACGCAAUGUUCGCCAAAUUGGUGUCCUAUCCUACAUUCCAAGAUUUGCAACCCUUGCAACUCGUAUGGAGCAGUACAUUCAGGGACAGUCUAGGGAUUUGGUUGACCAAGCAUAUACAAAAUUUGUUAGUGUAAUGUUUGCAACCUUGGAAAAAAUAUCACAAACAGAUCCAAAGUAUGCAGAUAUUUUUCUUUUUGAGAACUAUGCGGCCUUUCAGAAUAGUUUGUAUGACCUAGCCAACAUCGUGCCCACUUUGGCCAAGUUUUAUCAUCAAGCCAGUGAAGCCUAUGAACAAGCUUGCACACGCCAUAUUAGCAUGAUUAUAUACAUUCAAUUUGAACGCCUUUUCCUGUUUGCUCGAAGGAUUGAGGACUUGAUGUUCACCGUUGCACCUGAAGAGAUACCUUUCCAGCUUGGGCUGUCAAAAAUGGAUCUUCGGAAAAUGUUAAAAUCCAGCUUAUCUGGGGUUGACAAGUCCAUUAAUGCCAUGUAUAAGAAACUACAAAAAAAUUUGACUUCAGAAGAAUUGCUACCUUCCUUAUGGGACAAAUGCAAGAAGGAGUUUCUUGACAAGUACGAAAGUUUUGCUCAACUUGUGGCUAAGAUUUACCCUAAUGAGACAAUCCCAUCUGUUGCAGAGAUGAAAGACCUUUUAGGCAAUAGCUAA